AUGGAGGACAAACCUUGUUGCGGUCCUAGGUACUCCCCUAGUACUCUAGUUUCAGCUAAGCAAAGUGGGGUUGCAAUGGUCAGUGGGUUCUCAAAGAAUAUGGUGAAGAUUUUCUUGGAGGAAGGUGGAAUUGUCAACUUAGAGGCUGUGAUGGAGCAGGCCAUCUCUGGUGAACUAUACCUGAAUCUAGUUGUAAUUGACUGA